AGGUGAGGUUGUCUCCAUGUAAGAGAUGCUCUUUGUCCCUUAACUCCAUUGUACAAAGCUGAGGAAACCCUGUGCGGCGAGCCGCCAUCUUGGAUAAGGCAGCUCCUACUUGAAGCCAGGAUAACCCGUAAAAACACCUUCUCUGAAUAGCUCAACUCUAACGUCUUAAAGCUUCAUUUCUGAGCCACGAUGGCCACCGCACCAUACAACUAUUCCUACAUUUUUAAAUACAUCAUUAUUGGGGACAUGGGGGUAGGGAAGUCAUGUUUGCUUCACCAGUUCACGGAAAAGAAAUUCAUGGCAGACUGCCCCCACACGAUCGGCGUAGAGUUUGGCACGAGGAUAAUUGAGGUGAGCGGCCAGAAGAUCAAGCUGCAGAUCUGGGACACGGCCGGACAAGAGCGCUUCCGGGCGGUGACCCGCUCAUACUACCGUGGCGCGGCGGGGGCGCUGAUGGUGUACGACAUCACGAGGAGAAGCACGUACAACCACCUCAGCAGCUGGUUGACCGACGCCAGAAACCUCACCAAUCCCAAUACCGUGAUCAUUCUCAUAGGAAACAAAGCUGACCUGGAAGCCCAGCGAGACGUCACAUAUGAGGAAGCAAAACAGUUUGCAGAGGAAAAUGGUCUGCUUUUCCUGGAGGCCAGUGCAAAAACAGGUGAAAACGUGGAGGACGCCUUCCUGGAGGCGGCCAAGAAGAUCUACCAGAACAUCCAGGACGGCAGCCUGGACCUGAAUGCGGCCGAGUCAGGCGUCCAGCACAAGCCGUCGGCCCCGCAAGGCGGGCGGCUAACCAGCGAACCACAGCCUCAGAGGGAAGGCUGCGGCUGCUAAUGACCAAGCAAGGACAUCUCCCUCGUCUGCAUCUCUCCCUCCUCUUAAAUCUCCCCUCAGUGUUUUUUUUUUUUGUUUGCUCCUCUUGCACCAAUCAGCUCCCUUUCAUCCAUUAGGCCACACAUGAAUUAAUUACAUGGUUACUGUCACUGCGAUACUUUAUUUUUUACUUGUGCUUUUAUAGCUCUAAAAGACAACUUCUGUAUGAAUUCGACCUACUUCUUACAUUCCUGUAAGAAGGUGGCUUUUAAUUAAAUGUCACCAAGAUGUGAGCCCAAACAGGAAUUGUCUCUUGUGGAAGGAAUACUGUGUGCGUGUGGAAAGAUUUAAAUUAAAAUGACAUCUUUAUAUAUAUUUUUUUGUUUUUAAAAAUCCUUCAUAUCAGUCAUAUCACAAGCAUCAUUGUUGCCUUAUUUUUAUUACAAUUCAUCUUCAUCGUUUGGCUGCUCCUCACACCCAAUUUGGACUUGGACCUGAAUAUAAGACAGGCUGUCUUAUAUUCAGGGGAGUCGUAUUAAAAGCAGCAUGGCCUUGACUUCACGUCAACAAACCUUUAAUGGCCAACUUGUAUAAGGAUAAAUAGCGCACCUAGCAGCAUGCCCUGCUUUCUUUUUAAAAGAACAUCAAAUCCCAAUACUUUCUGCCAAGUUUGGACAGCUGUAAAUAUAAAUAUUGCUAAUUGUUAUUUGCUGGCCGUGUACAGUUGAUGUGCUAGUAGUGGGUUGCCUGUAAUUCACUGCAUUCUGGGGACAUUCUGUAACAUAGUUUCUAUUAUUAAAUGUAUGUAAAGGAGGCACGCACACAUCACACACACACACACAACUAAUCCCACCUUCCAUCCGCACACUACUGAACUUGCCAGAUUCUGAUUAUGAAAACUUGUAUUUAUGUUUAACAUUUAACUCUGCUUUGUACAGAGGUACUUUUUAUUGUUUAUAUAUUAUAUUUUCCCCCACCUGAUUCGUGGGGAGGAGUCCUGCAUCACUGUCUUAACUCUUUGCUAGUGGGUAAGUUGAUGGGGUCUUCCUUUUCCCGUCUGCUGUCUUGAGUGGCCACUUCCUGCUUUUGUCUGUCCAGAAAAAAGAAACAACGUACAUAUGUAUAAAUUUUUGAAAGAAACCGGAGCCGUGCUAACAUUUAAAUGCAUUCAUUUUCCGUGUGUAUGAUUUUAAAGUGUUGACAUUUUGAUUUAAUGACAAAAAAAAUUUACUCUAGACAGAAGGAAAACAAGAAAUAAAUUAUACAUAACCUGUU